AGAAGAGACGCUAGUCAAAUCUGCAUCUUGCGGUGUUCCUUGGGUUCCUUAGGCCCCCUCGUUCUGCGCAGUUUCUUAUCGAAAUUCAUUUCAUUAUUUCUUAAGUUGUUGCGAACCUCUACAGAAGCGUCCGUAUUUUCGAUAACAGCAAGAUAGUUUUCAUUUUGCAAUAAUUUUCUUCAAACCAGAUAGUACUACUUACAGACUCCAUGAAACCCAACUUAGGGCCGUAGAAAGUUUUUGUCCUGGUCCUGACCCUCAGGACGCUCAGAACCCUGAUCGGUCCCGACUGAACUACUGAAACUGAUAUGUUUAAAGAACUCCGAGCAGGUCAAGGUAUAUUAGAUAGACCUAGUCUACCUUCUAGCAUUGAAGAAGUAUCUUACAAGCUGCAUAUUACUGGAAGAUCUGGUGUUGGAAAAACAGCUACAGUAGCACGUUUGUAUGGUAUCAAAUGUCCUAGCACAUAUGUAGAGACAGCAGGCAUACGAAAAAGUAAUAUAUAUUGGCCUGUUAAGAUCUGGGACAAAAUAAUAUUAUUUAAACUACAAUUCUGGGAUGCUGGUGAUAAUAGCAUCAAGAAAUACAGCCAUAUUCUGCCGGCUUGCAAAGAUAAAGUUGAUGCCAUCAUAUAUGUCUUCUCCUUCUUGGACAAUAAUAGCUUUGCAGAAUUACCCCAGCACAUGAGCAGGAUGUCACAGAUGGGAGAAAAUCCAACUAACAUUGUUAUUGGAACAAGAUAUAACCCAGGGAACAUACUUGAAGUUUCCACUGCAGAUAUUAAGGAGUUUGAACUUAAGUGGCAAGUUCCUGUGCUCAAGAUUGAUAACACAUGGUCAGGAAGCAGAAGUAACUGUGACAGUGAGGUGCACGAAGUUGCUCCGUUGCUUAACAUUAUAUGUGAGCAGCUGUGGAUACGGGACCAAGAGUACCUACUAAAACAAGGGCUUGCAAGAUAAUAGUUGACUGUACAGCCACCUGUGGCUGUUGAGGACACAAAGGAUUUUCAAAAUUCCAUUUCAUUCACAUUCACCAUACCCCAGCCUGUCACGAAUCUUCAAAUCAGGAUAUACAGGGUAAGUCCUAAUUACAUACCUUAAACAUAAGCAUCAUGUUCUAUACUUAGAGGCAAACAGAAAUGUCUGCAAUCACUUCGUAACCAGGAUAUCGCAACAUUGCAUUCCUUUCAUGAAACAUGAUUCCAGUAAAUGUUUGGGUGGGAAUAAUUGGCUAUCUUUGAGGUUCUUAUAAGCUACUACUGUUGAUUAUCAGUUGCCCCCUAUAUACAGUUUCUAUCUGAACCCUUAUCACAGCUGUUGGACAAUAUACCAUUGCCGUGGCAAUGUGGCAGACUGUGAGUACUGUAUGGUCAGGUUCCUGUGCAUUCUUGUGAUGUCAUACAGCAUUUAGACAGUCACUACCCAGGUCAGUGGAUUGGAUGAAAUGCACCAGCUGUCUGGCCUUCACUAUCACCCCAUCUCACUCAUGCCACCAUCUGAAGAUCAUCAUUUAUGCCCAACAGCAUAACACACCGGACAAGCUGUGGAAUACCAUUCAAGCCGCUGGGAUGAAAUACACAACAUGUCUGACAUCUUUCAGUGGACGAGGAACUUUGGCACAGCAGGGCAGAGUUCUUAUCUACAACUACACAUACUUUGGCUACUUUUCUUUCCUCAUGCUUUCUGUUGCCGUAUCUCACUACUGAAGUGGUUGUAACCAUAUAUUUGUAUGACCAUUUCUGCUUGCAUAGAAUUGUAGAAAACGAUGUUUAUAUUUAAGGUAUGUAAUUAAGACCCUCCAUGUAUAUCACAAGUUUUGCCAUCUGUAAUCUUAUUUCCAUAGUGGUGUUGAAAGAAGACCAUUACUUCUGAAGAUAAAUUGAUAAUAUUGUAUACUUAGAAGAUUGAAUAAGGAAUAUGAAAGUAAAUAAUUUAAAUGUAAACUGAGCUGAUUAUGAAAUACAUUGCCACUGGAUCCUAUCCUGAUCAAGUGUAAUCCAGCCCAUACUCUUGCACCAUGUUUUAAGAUACUUCUUAAUAUUAUCCUCACAUCCAUAUCUAGGUUGCCCAAGUGUUAUCUUCUCCCUGAAGUUUAACUACCAAAAUGUUGUAUAUAUUCCUUGAUUACACCUUUGCAUGCUUCAUGUCUUGACAUAUCUCGUCCCUGGCUUAAAUUACAGUAUAUGGUAAACAAUUUUCUCCUGUUGCCAGUGCUUCAGAGAAUAUGUUUUCAAUUAGCCUGGGAAUUGCCUAAUGUUCCAUACUGGUUUGAUUUCAUUUUUAAAACGUUAUUACUUUCAUAAAUGUCCACCAGAAACAGCUGAAAUACUGGACGAAUUUGAUGAAACUGAAUAUUAUAGAGGUACUGAAUUUUUCAAGCUAUUUUGAUUUGGUUUAAUGUGGUCCAUUUUAAGAACCACUUUAUGUAAGGACCUAAAUUAAUUUUGAAAUGCCACCUAUAAGAAUAUACUUUACCCAUUCCUGUUCUCGUCAACACUUCACACAGAAAGAUUCUAGAUCCACCAAGCCUCAUGUCCAGUUUCUACAAAGUAAUUUCAUCUCUUCCCAAGUUCUGAGAAUGUGUGGGGACAUUCCCUCAUUCUCCUUAUGCAUUAUAUACCACCAGUUUGGCUUGUGUAAUUUAUGGACCCCUACUUCUAGGCAAGAUUUCUGAAGGGGAGAAAAGUACCAUAGUUUAGCCAUAAAUUUAUAUUUAAAUAUUAAUAUAAAUAAAUAAUGGUGUAAUUUAUGCUUUUUAAUACUGCCUGCCCCAAAUUUAGAUAUAUCAAUUCAGACAGAUGUGUGAAGGCUUUCAAAGUAAUACAAGUGUUUACAUGUGCUCAAUUCAUCAAAGCUGAAAGCACACACUACAGAGGAACAAUAAGCAUGAUCCUCACGCCUUUUGCUGCUGACAAGGGCACUGUAGAUGUUAUCCCUCUAAGGGACUGCCAAAUUACAGUUAAAAUAAACAUUCCAUUCUCAGUGGCUGGCAGAUCUUUUGGCUGCCUUAAAUGUUGGAUGUGUGUAGCUCAAAAAAUUUGACCAUCAGCUGGUACAGUUUACUUUAAUAAUACUCUGUCAUCACCACCACCACUGGCAAAACAGUCCAUUUGGGCCAUAGCAAUCCUUAGAAGAUUCUGCCAGAUUUUUCUAUUCCAUCGUGAAUUAGACCAUCUGGUUUUCACUUCUUUGGAUUUCACAAUAGUAAUUUUUUUUACAGAGCAAGGUAGUCAGCUUUGCAUUCAAAACUGAAUGUAAGAAAUUAUGUCUGAAAAAAAAAUAUGUUGAUCAAAUGAUAGUUGCUAACUUAUCAUUUUAGUUGUUAAAGUCAGCUUACAUUUCUGUUUAUGUGGUUUAACAAAAAUAUUACACUUUCACUGUAAAGACAGAUAAAACAACUUCAAUGACAUCUUCAGUGUCAUGCUGUAAGUAUAAACUAUUGAAGUAAACAAGCAUAAACAUUAAAACAAUUUGUAUGACAAAAAAUAUGAGGAACACCAUAAGAUUAUUGUACUGUCACUACUGAUUCACCCUACUCGUAUGCAUAAAGAAUUGAUGAAUACCCUGUCCACCCAGCCCAGAUCCAAAAUGCUUAAGAGACGUGUAACCAAACAACAGUAGGAGCAAAGAUACCUCAUAAGUAGAAAUGUAAGAUAUAAACCAC